AUAACAAUGAUAUUGCAAGACAGCUCACAAUCACCCACAAUGAUUUGAUCAUGAGUCUGGGUUUUUCACUACAUUUCCAACCUUUUGCAAACUCACCAAAAAACUACAGAAUACAUGAAGCCAAGAUAGUGUUUCACUUCCCUGAAUUGACUGGAAUACUUCCUCCUGUCUAAGUUGGUUUUUUUUCCACUACAUAGUAGAGACGCACAGUAAAGAAAAAAGGCAUUGUAUAUAAACUGAUUGCAAAAUGCCUUGUAUUAUUUAUUUAUUUAUUAAUUUGAAAUAGAAUUUUUUGACCUCAUUUUGCUCAAGGCAGUAACUCUUACCUAGAUAUCAAUCAUAUAGGAGUCAACAUAAAAAAUUUGCUAUUUUAUACCUAAGACAUAUAUGUCUUCAUAUGUUAUAUAAUAUGCAUGAUGGUUUGACAAGGUCUGCAUUGUUUUGUUCAGAUAUUGUGGUUGCCAUGCUUCCUUAAAUCCCCCACAAUAAAACCUUUUUGUCAGUUGAUAAAGGUAUCAUGUGAAUAUUAGAAUUAGAAGAGUCAAUGGACAAAAAUCAACAUGGAGACAUGCUAGGUAAGAACCUAAUCUAAGUGUAGCACCAACCAUGACCAACCCAUGUACCAGUUUUUGUCCAGUAAGUUUGUCAAGAACCCUAACAUUGCCCUCCAAAAUGCAUGCAUAAACAACUGCAAUCCAGAAAACUAUGUGAAUUAGACUGGCUGUAAUUUGCAACAUAGAAAGUAGACUCGCCCUGCUGUCUAGACAAAUCCACAGAGCUCAAAUUAACAGCAUAAGUCAUGCCAAUUGUUUGGGCACGAGUUUUAUAUCCGAGCUUCUGUCUUCUGGAAGAAGCAGACCUCUGAAGUGCAUACACUUCAAAUAGUUUAGUAGUCUCACCAGGAGGCUUGAAGCUGUCAGGGCUGACUCAUGCAGGGGCAGGGCUCAGGCCUGGAAUUGAUGUUCAGGAGGCUAAAGACGGAGGUGACUGAGUCACAGCCCGCUGUGGCAGCCGAUAUUAUCUCAAGUGGAGGAGAACCUUGUUCAGUCGGUGGCUCGGCAAAGAUUUGUGUCGCUUGACCUGGUAAAGUUUCUGUAGUGGGGGUGAGGUCUAAAGUACAUUUAUUGUUUGUUUACAUAGUUAUAUACACACAUAUAUAAGGAGGUAUUGUGGUGUGCUCUCUAUAUAAGGUUAGUACAUACCAAAAUGGUCCAAGGAAGGGCAAUCUGAACUGGAAACAGACUCCUGGAAACAGACUCAUGAGCACCCAAAACUCAUGGGGUAUUAAGGCUAUCCUGUCUCUUCCUAUCCCACAGAAGAGCUACUUUAAAAAAAAUAUGCUGAAAAUGUUGAUUCUGGGUAUGAUAGGAAGGUGUUAGAACACACAGUAUGGAGUUGCAUGGGUACAGACCAGUCAAAGUGCCCAUACUGACCCCUGUUCAUCGCCAAAAUGCCCCAAGAAUGUGCAUGUCAGCAUCAGAACUGGACCACGAGGCAGUGGAAGAAAGAUGGCCUGGUGUGAUCAAUCACAUUUUGUUUUACAUCAAGUUGGAGAUCAGAUCCAUGCACGUCGCUUAAGAAGGGAAGAGUUGAAACCAUAAUGGAAAGAAGGCAUUCCCCAGAUCUGUGGGAUGUUCUGGGCAAAUAAGUCUGAUCUAUGGAAGCCCCACUUAACUGUAACAUCCUGACUUGGAACUGGAACUUCUGCUAACAAUUUGGUGCCAGAUUCCACACCUUCAGGUCUUGUGGCAUUUAUUGAAGCACAAGGAGGACAUUAUGCAGGUGGUUUUGGUGUUAUAGCUCAUCUGUGUGUGUCCAGCAACUCAAAUUCCUGUUGUAUUCUAAUUCUUUGUCGUUCAAAAUACCAGCCUCCAGCUGAAACCUUUAUCAAAACCGGUGAAAAUGUAAUGCAAAUGAGUCAAUCGCACAUUGCAUUAGUCCCUUUAAGCCUCAGUCAUUAUUCUGGUGAACUCUUGAUGCGACAUGAUAAAAAAAAAACGUGGCCUGCCUUGUUUUGUUCAUAUCAUGCGGUUGUCAUAGUUCCUCAGAUCCCCCACACAAAAACAUCUGAAACCUCUGAGGAUGAUUAGAAGACUUUUUGUCAAUUGUUAUAGGGAUCAUGUGGAUGUCAUUGUUGAAAGAGCUUACAAUGUGGUAACAGUGAAGGGAACACAAUGGGACUUGCUGUUAUAGGAAAACAAUCAAAAACUGAAGUUUACUUUUACUGCAGUUUUGUGGUCCGCAAGUUAAUUCUUUUCAUCAGCUUCUCUUUCUCUCUUGAUAUUAAGAUAAAAAAUGCAGACUGGAGCAUCACUGAGAAAGCACAAAGUAUUAAAUCCUCCUUCAGGAAGAUCUUCACACAGCGGAAAACUUCAAGUAACCACUGUCACUGGAGACUCCUUAAAAAAUGAAAUAAUGCCAAACAAAUACUUUUUUUUUUACAGAAAAUUUCACCAUGUCAAUAAUUACAAAUUUAUACCGAGUUGCUAUAAUAGAAAUGAUAACGUGUUAGAAGUUUAAUUCGUAUUGUGACCAAUCAGAAUCAAGAAUUCUGUGGUUAUUACUAACAAUAUACUCUCAAUAUAUAAUCUCUUAUAUACUGUCUUAGCUCCUUUUAUACUGAUCUCACUUUAUUUAGAGAUGCAGCCCACAUCCUCCUAGGACUUUUCUCAAUCACAUUCAUUUGCAUGUGCUGCCAAAUUUGAUUAAAAUCUCAUUCCUGGAAUUCCGACUCAGCUUGACCGUUCGAACCUCUUCCAAUCAUUACUUGUGUACAUGUAAUGCAAAUCAGAGAGUGUUCUACAUCGCAUUAGUCCUGAUGGCGCGUUUAAGCACCAGGCAUUUAUAUGCACACCUUCUACUCCUCGCUCUCUCACUCUCUCUCUCUCUCUCUCUCUCUCUCCAUGGAACGAGACAGCUUUUGUACUCUCGUUUUCUCCCAAGGCACGCCUGUAUGGCUUAAUGAGAAGGCCGUGUUGAGGAGGGCAUGGAAAUAGCAGCACGCUCCCCACGCUGCAGUUGACAGGGUGUGAAUAUGUUACCCAGCUGGAAACUAGCAAAGUGACUAGAGCACUAUCUCCAGGAAGCUAACCUUUUUUGGAGUAGUGAGAACUGAAAAUGAAGCUGAAAUCACAAAUAAUGGCUCUUCUAAUAGGUUAAGCCUACACCUGCUUUGCCACCUAUAGAGAUGCCUACAGAAAUGAGUGGUAAGCUCUAGCUUCUCUGGUUGCCCGUGUAAAACUGGGACAUAUGCUGCAAUAGUCAGCGGCCUGACUGACUGCAGUCGGGAACUGUAGUGAUAAUGAAAAGUGAUGUGGUUAAGGAGCAUGACGCAGGCGUCAUGAUGAGACGGGAUGAAAUGUGAGAAGGAAGAAGGAAGCGCCAGGCAAACUGUAUCUCACAGUUCCAGGUCUGGAUGGCUGGAUGAACCUGACUGAAAUAGAUCCGGAUGAAGAGGUUCAGGGAGAAAUUCAUCUUCAGAUCUCACUGCUGGUGGACGGCAAUGCGCCACGCAAACUGCGCUGUCGAGUUCUGGAGGCCAGAGAUCUUGCCAAGAAAGACCGCAACGGAGCAUCGGAUCCGUUUGUCCGAGUCAGAUACAAUGGCAAAAGCCACGAAAGUGCUGUGGUGAAGAAGUCUUGCUACCCACGCUGGAACGAGAGUUUUGAGUUCGAGCUGGACGACACGCCGGCCGACAGCCUGCUCAGUGUGGAGGUGUGGGACUGGGACCUGGUGAGCAGAAAUGACUUCCUCGGAAAGGUCCUGUUCAACAUUAACAGGCUUCAGUCGGCGCAGCAAGAAGAGGGCUGGUUUCGCCUGGGGCCCGACAAACCCAAACACAGCCAGUACGAAGGUACUCUGGGCUCUUUGCGGCUGCAGCUGCGGCUCAGAGACGAGACGGUCCUGCCGUCCAGCCAUUACCAACCGCUCACCGAAUUACUGUGCCGCUCCGUUGAGACUCACCUCAACGGCAACUGGCCUGACCUGAUCAUGCUAAUCGACGAGACGACGACUUCUGAGAACCGUCAGGAAGUGGCCACUAACCUGGUGAAGCUUUUCCUGGGCCAAGGGCUUAUCAAGGAAUUCCUAGAUGUGCUUUUCAAGCUGGAGCUGGAAAAGAAUACCGAACCCAACACCUUAUUCCGGAGCAACUCUUUAGCUUCCAAAUCCAUGGAGUCCUUUCUCAAGGUGGCCGGGAUGCAGUAUCUCCACAGGCUUCUGGGGCCUAUCAUCAAUCGCAUUUUUGAGGAGAAGAAGUACGUGGAACUGGAUCCCAACAAGGUGGAGCUGAAAGAAGCUGGGUGCACAGGUCUGCAUCGUCUGCAGACAGAAGCCGAUGUGAUCCAGCAGAGCUCCAGUCUGCUCCAGUCGUACCUGUCAGAACUGAUGGCCGCCAUCCUGCAGUCUUCCUCCUACUGCCCCCUGCUCCUCUGCCAGGCUUUCCAGCAGCUCUACCAGCGAGUACAAGCUCGUUUUCCAGAUCCGGAGUAUAGGAAAGUGAAGUUCAUUGCCGUGACCAGCUUCCUGUGUCUGCGCUUCAUUUCUCCUGCCAUCAUGUCGCCUAAGCUCUUCCACCUGAGAGAGAAACACGCCGAUGCUCGCACCAGCCGCACUCUUCUGCUCCUGGCCAAAGCUGUUCAGACCAUUGGUAAUCUGGACACACUGGUGUGUUGCUCUAAAGAGCCCUGGAUGGUCCCACUGCAGCCUGCCAUCCAGCAAGGCAUUGCCCAACUCAAAGACUUCAUCACCCGCCUGGUCAGCUGCCACGACUCGGAAGAUCUCGGUUUGCACGCUCGUAUGAGUCUCCAGUGCGGCUCCAUGGAAAAAGAAGGCUUCCUCUUCCUGCAUAAGACCAAAGACAAGUGCAUCCUCAUGACCUCGCCCUUUAAGAAAUAUUAUGUCACGCUCAGCAAAGACACGCUGUCCUACUCACGGACUCAGCACUCCAAGAAGAGCUCGUUCAUCUCCCUACCCAAGAUCCGGGCGGUGGAGAAGGUGGAGGAGAAAUGCUUCGGCAGUGCCAAUGUCAUGCAGAUUAUUUCUAGCGAGGAAUCUGGGCAGCAGGAGACACUCUACCUGGACUGCAAGAGCGUAAACGAACUGAACCAGUGGCUCUCGGCUUUGAGGAAAGCAUGCAGUCACAACACCAACACCAUGAGCUGCUACCAUCCAGGCAUUUACAAAGCUGACAGAUGGAGCUGCUGCCACCAAAAGGAAAAAACUGACCCAGGCUGUGAUAAGACCAGACAUGGUGUCACCCUGCAGGAAUGGUAUGAUCCACUGGAUCCAGACCUGGAAGCUCAGCUGAUUUACCGCCACCUGAGCAGCGUCCAACACGCCAUGAGGGAUAAAUAUUACGAACUGAUAAAACAAGAAGAAGUUGAUGGCACAGACACUGACCAAGAUCCAAAGAAGGUGGAUGGUAUAACGAGACUCUUCAAGAUUCUCCAAGAUCUGCACGACGCUCACAUGGCAGUAGAACAGGAAGAACGUCUGAAGAACAAGAACGUUUUCCUGGAGUUACAGACAUAAACAAAGCCGCCGCCCCAAGAAAAAAAAAUA